AUGCCUCGGGUAAACUCGACUCCCCUGUUGCCUCUUUCCCAUGCCUCUGCACGGCAACAGCCUUUCCGGGGCUCGAGCGCACUUCCGCCAGCAGGAAGCGUGCCUUGCACUUGCCCUCCUACUGAAGACUUCCAGCAGGGCACACGCGCAUUCCUUCCGUCUCAUCUCCGUCAGCAGCCGGCGGAGGACCGAGGAGGCGCGCCUCUCCUCCCGUACGCCUCGUACCACCACGGAAGACCCUCGCUCCCUCGCACGAGUCUCUCUUCGUCCAGAGAUAUGGCAGGGCGCCUUCUCUUUUUCCCGCGAAGCGCACCUGACCCGUCGCGAGGGGCGGGCGCCAGUGCGUUGGUCGGCGCUGAAGAAGAGGACGAGGAAGAAGGCAGCUGUUGUUUCCCUCCCCUGACGCUGACUGAACGCCUCCUUGGGUGGCUCACGUGCUUCCUUGGCGGCCUUGUUAUUUCUUCUCUUGCUUUAGGUUCAUUUCAAGAUCUAAUACGAGGCAAAAGCACGAAAUUUGCGGUCGCGUAUACUUUGGGGAAUUGCGUCGGUCUGUUGGGGACAGCCUUCCUUGUGGGGUUCAGGCGUCAGAUGGAAGGCAUGAUGGAGAAAUCACGUCUUUGGUGCUCCCUCGCGUUCGCAGCUAGCAUCAUCGGGACCCUCCUGUGCUCGGUUUUCCUCCCUGUGGCACCGCUUGUCAUUCUAUGUCUCAUUGUUCAGUGGCUUGCCUAUAUAUGGUAUUCACUUAGCUACAUACCCUAUGGACGGGAAAGCAUUUGGUGGUGUAUUCGGUGGGUGAGCUCGAGGUUUUAG